AUGACCGAUGCCAAAGACGGCGUUUCCCUUUUCGAUCACGCUACUGGCACUGCCGCUGCUCCUGCUGACAGUGCUCCUGCUCUUGACCGCUCACAUCAGCACAAGACUGCUAAGGCACUGUACGACGCUGUAGUUGCGCGCUACUCCUCCCCAGCCACUGCAGCUGUAGGACGUCUCAUCCUGCCCUACCUGUUCCCAUACCUGUCCUCCUUUCCCACUGCUGAGGACCUCAUCUCUCACCUCCGCACUAGUGACGCCCGCUUUCAAGCCGCUCUUAAGGUCGAUUUCCUUGCCGCCAACCCCCCUCCGCUCUACUGGACCCUCUAUCUCCUCGUCACCCGCCUCCCUGACACCCUUAGCGUAGUCAGGGACCAUUUCCUCGCCAUGGAUCCCACCGAGAUCACUCUAGCAGACUUCGAGCAGCAGCUUCUCGCAGCAGAGAAGAAUAUCCUAGCUCUCGGUGCCGCUAGAGGUACUCCCCGCACUCCCCUCUUUGAGGGGUGCUCCCCCUCCCCCCUCCCCCCCUCCUACGUCUCAGCUGCUACUGCCGUUGACCUCUAUGGCACUGAGCAGGUCGCAGCAGCCUCCGCCCCUAGUGGGAAGCGCGGCGGUGGCAGGGGCGGCAAGGGUGGCAAGGGUGGUGGAGGCGGGGGUGGAGGGAGCGGUGGUGGAGGCGGUGGGGGUGGUGGGGGGUGUGGAGGUGGUCGCGGGGGUGGAGGUGGUGGGUGGGGUGGCAGUGGGGCCGGGAGUGGUGGAGGCGGCAGCGGCGGUAAGGGGGGAGGAGGAGGUGGUGGUGGUGGAGGAGGUGGGGGCGGGAGUGGGACCGGUGCAGCAGCAGCAGCAGCAGCAGUAGCAGCAGCAGCAGCAGCAGCCGCAGCAGCAGCCGUCGCAGCGCCAGACCCCCUCUUCCCAGCAGCUUCAUGA